AUGGCUCGCCAAAUGUCAGCAGAGGAAUUCCAAGAAUUAGGCCGCAAUUACUACAAACUCAGACAAUACGACAAGGCGCUAGAGACAUUCACAAAAGGCAUCGAGACUUGCCAGAAGCCUACUCUCAAUCUGUAUGACUACCGAGCCGCCACUUAUGACAAGCUCGAAAGAUUUAGUGAUGCGGUCAAAGAUGGGAGAGAAAUGAUUAGAAUGCAAAAAUCAGAUGUCAAGGGGUACCUCAGGGCAGCAAGUGUUCUCGAGAAGAUGGGAAAAGAGGAGACUGCAUUAGGAAUAUACAAGUAUGGAAUGAAAAAUGUCGGAUCCAAGGACAAGAACUUCAAACUUCUUCAACAACUGCACGACAAGCUCACUCGAAAACUUUCACCAGCAACAGCUGUUGAUCCGUUCUCUGUUCUACCUGUGGAGUUGGCCGAAAUGGUGCUCGAGUAUCUACCUUUCCGCCACAUAGUCAACUGCAUGCGGGUCAGCAAAGGCUGGCGAGAUUACCUCUCAAAGCUACCUAAGCUGUGGCUGCAUCUUGAUCUGAAGGGCGCACGUAAGCCUGUGCCUCGUUCCUUCGUCAGCUCGGCUUUCAAAUAUUCAGAGAUGCGCAUGACGCACGUCACCCUCCACCGUUUCGAACACAUGGACGUAAUCAAAAAUCUAGCAAGAAUGGCCAAAGAUCUUACCGAUGUGGAGAUUCUCUCCUUACCACAUGCCAUGUCAGCAUCAUUAGUCGAAAUCGCCAAGAGCAGUUCCAAGCUAAAGAAACUCACCGUGCAUCCAGAUAUAACGGCAGAUGCUGUGGAGCAAAUUCUCCAAGCGCGACCCACACUUGAACACGUUGCUUUCCACGGUGUCUUACCACUCAAACACCCGAUGAAAUGGACUACUCCAUUUCCUCACCUCCACACACUGAGUCUGACUGGUACCGAAAGGUUAAGUGGAUGGCAACUCGAGAUUGCCAAACUCUUCAGUCUUACGCCCUCGCUCCGGUCCUUUUCACUCUGCAAUGCGGAUGGUUUCCAUGUAUCAGGCCGAGGCUGGCCACAGGAUGCAUCUCAAAUGCCGCCAAUCACAAAACUAGUCUUGAAGCGCGUAUCAUCGGAGCUUUACCUUGCGUUGCCCGAUACACUGCAACAUCUCGUCCUUGACAAUUAUUGGGGCUUCCUACCAAGGAUUACUAACACCAAUCCAUGGGCGCGUGCUAAAUUAGCUGACCUCACACAUCUCUCACUAUCUGGAAUUUCUAUCAGCCCGGAGAAAUUUGAGGUGCUUCUCGAUUCAUACAUUGAAGACGGAGCUCUUAAGUCACUCUCUAAUAGCAAACCAUUGCAGCACCUCUCCCUCCGCUGCCUGCUCGAUCCGGAAGUGACAUUAUUCAACGGGCCUAACGCCGUUCUCUGUUGCUCCCCACGAGUUCUUACACCAGCUCUCGAGUCGUUAGAUCUAGGCACUAUGCCAUGUACCGACGAUGACGUGGAGUGUCUUCUCACGUAUGAAACUGGUCUCACAACCAUUGACCUCUCAAACACAAACAUCACUGGAGCUUCGAUCAAGAUGCUGGCGGAUAAGCUGCCUUCACUCAAAAGUAUCAUAGCAGAUCAUUGCGUAAAGAUUACUGGUCGUGAUGCAAUACAGUAUGCAGAGCGGAAGGGUGUGGCGGUGAGUUAUCAGAUGGGCGAACAGAAGGGCGGCAGGAGGGUUAGAUAUUGA